AUGCAGGUGGAUGCCCGGCUCCGUCGACUGGAAGGCUGUCGGGUUGGCAAAGCUGCAGAUGUACAGAAGGAGGAGCAAAAUUCUGCUGGCCCGCUUUUUCCUGACGGUUGCUUCGACAAGAUCCUACUGGAUCCCUCUUGCUCGGCUAUGGGCCAACGCCCCCUCCUCCGCUGGGGAAUUUCUGCUGAGGAGGUCAGGAGCCAUGCAGACUACCAGAAGCAAUUCUUGCGCACAGCCGUGCGACUGCUGGCUGAAGGAGGCGAGAUGGUGUACAGCACCUGCACGCUGACACCGGAGGAGAAUGAAGAGAAUGUGCAUUGGGCGCUUAGUACCCUUCCAGUCGAGCUCCUUGAUGCACGGCAGCAGGCUUUUCAGCCCGCCGAGCGGGACAGCGAGGUUUUGGCUGGACUGAGAGGCUGCGGACUCAGCGAGAGCCAGCGGCUACAGGUUCUCCGCUUCGACCCACGUUCUUGGGAUGCAGGCUUCUUCAUCUCGAGGUUUCGGAAGGCGUCGGCGGAAAAAGCCAAAUGCGUGGAUCCGUCUGCAGAC